AUGGCAGAGAGUGCAGACGCCAGCAAGUCUUUACCCGAGCGGAUAAAGGACAAGGUCGAAAAUGUUGUUGCCGACAAGAAGCCAAAGAAGGAGAAAGCCCCCAAGCAACACAAGGCUCCAAAAGAACCCAAGCCACAGGUUGCCAAACCACCCAAACCUCCCAAGACAGAAGCGACAGGCCCCGUCGACCCGGAGGCCAUGUUCAAGGAAGGCUGGCUUGCUGGUGUGAGACGUGAGAGACCUGACGAAGAAGGCGUUGUUACUCGAUUUCCUCCAGAACCUAAUGGCUAUCUUCAUAUCGGUCAUAGCAAAGCAAUCGCGAUCAAUUUCGGAUUUGCCAGAUUCUGGGGUGGCAAAUGCAAUCUGAGGUUUGAUGAUACCAAUCCAGAGGCUGAGGAAGAAGUCUAUUUCACCGCCAUCGAAGACAUUGUUCGAUGGCUUGGUUUUGAUCCUGCCCUCAUCACCUACUCGAGUGACUUCUUUGAUCAGCUCUAUGAACUGGCAGAGAAAUUGAUCACACUGGAUGGUGCUUACGUGUGCCACUGCACUGAUGAACAGCUGAAAGAUCAAAGAGGUGGAACAGACGUCAAGAACAAACAUGAGCGAUAUGCAUGUCCACACCGGAGUCGACCAAUCGAGGAGUCAUUGGCUGAAUUCCGAGCAAUGAGGGAUGGGAAAUACAAACCGAAAGAAGCCUUUCUGCGAAUGAAGCAGGACAUCACCAAUGGAAAUCCACAAAUGUGGGAUCUGGUCGCCUAUCGAGUUCUCGAAAAGCCUCAUCAUCGGACCGGCGAUAAAUGGAGAAUCUACCCGACAUAUGAUUUCACGCACUGCCUAUGUGAUAGCUUCGAAGGCAUCACCCAUUCGCUCUGUACGACCGAAUUCAUCCUGUCCCGAGUGUCUUAUGAGUGGCUCAACAAUACGGUCGAUGUGCCUCACAAACCAAUGCAGAGAGAGUACGGACGUUUGAAUGUGACGGGGACCGUUUUGUCCAAACGAAAGAUCAAGAAGCUAGUGGACGACAAAAUCGUCAACGGGUGGGAUGAUCCCAGACUUUACACUCUGGUUGCUCUACGCCGGAGAGGUAUCCCACCGGGCGCCAUCUUAUCCUUUGUCAGUGAACUCGGGGUUACGACCGCGAAGAUCAAUAUCCAAAUCACAAGAUUCGAGCAGUCUGUUCGGAAAUAUCUCGAAUCGACCGUGCCCCGACUCAUGGUAGUUCUGGAUCCCAUUCCAGUCAUCAUCGAUGAUCUCGCUGACGACCAUUACGAGGAGAUCGAAAAUGCCUUUGGACCAAAAGACGUUGACAUGGGUUCACACAAGAUGCCAUUGACCAAAACGGUAUACAUCGAGCGAGACGACUUCAGAGAGGAGGACAGCAAGGACUUUUUCAGAAUGGCACCAGGCAAACCGGUAGGCUUGUUGAAGGUUCCAUAUCCAGUGAUUGCGACAAGCUUCAAGAAGGACGAAGCCACAGGACUUGUCACCGAGAUCCAUGCCAAAUAUGACAAGCCAGCUCAGGGAGAGAAAGCCAAAAGACCCAAAGCCUACAUCCAAUGGGUUGCCAAAGCACCAGAACAUGGCUCACCUGUCAAUUGUGAGGUCCGAGUAUUCCAGCCACUAUUCAAGUCAGAAAAUCCUGAUGCAGUGGAGCCAAGCUUUAUGGCAGACCUACGAGACGAUAGCUUGCAGAUAUAUCCCAAUGCAGUUGCAGAAGUCGGUCUGAAGGAGAUUCGCGAGAGAGCGCCAUGGCCUGAGGAAGCGGGUGAGAAGAAGGGGCUUGCUGGGUUUGAAUCAGUUCGGUUCCAAGCAAUGCGGACCGGGUAUUUCUGUUUGGACAAGGACACAGAUGAGGCAGCGGGAAAGAUUGUGUUGAAUCGGAUUGUUGGACUCAAGGAAGACACGGGCAAGACUGCGUGA